AUGACGCUUUCAAACGGAACUUCCGUAGACGGGAACAUCCUGGUUUGCACCACCGAUCACGUUGAUUCGAUUGGGCUGGACGAUUCACUCCCUGACGAGGCUAGUUUGUCCGAUUCCUCAAUUAGCACGGAAAUAUCAACUCCUAUCGGUCAACACCGUAGCAUGAUCACAUCUGUGCAACCGACCAACCCAGUAAUUAACAAUCCCCUAGAAACAGUUGAACCCCGCGUGUCUUCCACGCGACGUCGUUCGAUUCGCUUGUUAAAUCGAUUAUUCUCUCGAGGGAGUACUGUGCAACUUCACGUAAGCCCACCUUCGAAAGCUGAUAGAACAGCUUAUUUUGCCCCGGUUCUCAUCCAAUGGGUGCAGAAAAUCGGAAUGACAUAUCCGGAAAGGAAUCGCUGCCUUCAAAAUAAUCGCCCUCCCUCACCACUUCCUGUUCCGGAAAGCCCUAAUAUAUCAGCUUCUGGUAAACGGCCUCUGAAGCUCACUCGGGAAGAGCUGUGUGAACUGGAGUAUCAGGAAGCACAGCUUUUUCGUCGUUUACGCCAAGUCCUGCGACGCGUUGUAGCACACCUCGCCCGACACAGACGGUUUGCUGUGUUUGCCCGUCCGGUGCAAGUAGACGAAGCACCAGAUUACUACGAGGUGAUCAAACAUCCAAUGGACUUGGGCACAAUCCGCGAUCGCAUAGAUGCCGAUCGAUAUCGCAAUGUGGAUGAUUUUAUGAAGGAUAUUGAGUUGAUCUAUUACAACGCGUUGGAAUAUAAUCCUGCCAAUGUCCCUCGCAGUCGUGAUAUUCGCUCUCGGGCCUCAGAGUUCUGGGACGAAGCCUGUUUACAGUUGGAAGAGGAACUGAAUCCACGCGAUCUGAAUGAGCGUUGUAAAGAGGCUGUGGAAGCACAAAAUGCACGGGCUAUGCGCGAGACCGCUAAAUCAAAUCCGAGUGAAGAGAACGGUGCUGUAUCCGGUCCAUUACGAUCAGCCGAUCCGAAUCAACAGAAAACUGGUACAUCCCAAGAGGCUGACUCGCCAGCGAAGUUAUAUCCAAUGCCUCUGGGCGGGCGAUACAGUCGCCGACUGCAUGGUGAACCUCCAGUCCUAGAAACUAAAGAUGUUCAUUUGCUGGAGCAGAUCAGCGGACGUCGUAGCGCGUCCUUAUCCCAGUCGUUGGUCGCAUCCGAAACAAGCCAACUCACGUCGAAAUCGGGUUCAAAUGAAAUGGACCUGGAUAAAUGUGACGACCAGAUUCAUAAACCGCGCUUGGAUCACCACAUUGACCAUAAAAUCACACUUGUCAGUUCUCUCCAAUACCUGCCUCAUUCCGGCAAUUGUCUAGCUCCCAAUAUGGCUACUUGGAAUAUCUCUUCGCCUGUUCAACCACAACGUCCAAUGAGCACCUCUCCAACUCUGUCCGUUUCCCCAACAAUCGAAUUGCAUUCGACAAACAUGGGACCGGACAUGGACAAAUUAACUGCGUUCCACGAGGCUGUAGUCAACGGCACCACCGGUUGGCCUGUGAAUCAAUUGAUACGUCUUCACGCGGAAUUCUGUGCCGUCCUGUCGGUCAAUCAGGCUAACCCUGAUCAUCUCCUCAUGGAAUUUGAACGUGUGUUUAAAACGUACGUCAAGCGGAAUCUCACUGUGGAGUUGCCGGUUUAA